CUCCAUAUCUAAAUUCAAGGCUUCUCGAAACAUAAGAGAAAAAUUGGAAAAUAAGGAGAGUCCGGUGGCACAUGCCGAUCUGCCCGCCCACCCGUCAUCUUCCCACCUAACCGUUUUUCUCCCUGUAUCAACAAAUGCCACUGCUAUCUUCCCUCUCCCCUCGCCCGCCUUUCUCUCCCGCCGGCGAACUUCGUGCUUCAGGCAAUGUCUCCAACACGUGCUCUCGCCGUCGUGCUCCUCUUAGUGGCUAUCUACUGCGGGCUCGAUCCUUUCAAGCACAGCCCCGUAUACGACUUCCCUGACUUCGAGGCGUUCAAGGUGGACAUGCCCCCGUGGUCGGAGGUUCCCAUCGAGAAGGACGGCGAAAAUCUGUUGCAGAAGUCGGAAAUUAGGUUUUUGAAUCAGGUGCAGGGGCCGGAGAGCAUGGUGUUCGAUCCUCAGGGCCGUGGGCCCUACACCGGUGUCGCUGACGGCCGGAUUGUGUUCUGGAACGGCGAGGCGUGGACUGAGUUCGCUCACACUUCGCCCAAUCGGUCAGAAUUAUGUAGCCCAAAGCCUUCACCAUUGAGUUACUUGAAGAAUGAGCACAUAUGUGGCAGGCCUUUGGGGCUCCGAUUUGACAAGAAAACAGGUGAUUUAUACAUUGCAGAUGCAUAUUUUGGGCUGAUGAAGGUGGGACCAGAGGGUGGGUUGGCAAAAUCACUUGCAAGUGAAGCAGAAGGAGGGCCUCUGAGAUUCACAAAUGAUCUAGACAUAGACGAUGAAGGAAAUGUUUAUUUUACAGAUAGCAGCACUAAAUAUCAGAGGAGGAACUUCAUGCAGUUGGUUUUCUCUGCAGAGGAUAGUGGGAGGGUUCUGAAGUACAAUCCAGCUACAAAGGAAACCAUUGUUCUUCUGUUGAAUCUCCAAUUCCCUAAUGGCUUAUCUCUGAGCAAGGACGGAUCUUUCUUUGUCUUUUGUGAGUCAUCAAUUGGCAGACUGCGAAAGUACUGGUUGAAAGGCGAGAAGGCAGGAACUUCAGAAGUAUUGGCCAUUUUACCAGGAUUUCCUGAUAACGUGAGAACAAAUGAGAGAGGAGAAUUUUGGGUGGCAAUCCACUGUCGCCGGACAAUGUAUGCUCACAUGUGUGCGCGAUAUCCAAAACUUCGAAAACUCUUUCUCAGUCUACCAAUUUCGGCAAAGUAUCAGUACCUGCUUCAAAUUGGGGGCCAGCUUCAUGCUGCUGUCGUCAAAUACAGCCCAGAAGGUAAGCUCCUGCAGAUUUUGGAGGACACUCAGGGUAAGGUUGUUAGAGCAAUUAGUGAGGUGGAGGAGAAGGAUGGGAAGUUGUGGAUGGGAAGUGUGUUGAUGCCUUUUGUUGCAGUAUACUCCUUAGAAUGAGGUAAACAUGAAAUUGGAAUGGUCGCGGACCAAUACUGACUCUGUUUUUUGGUGCUCAUGGCCAAUAUCUUAUGUUGAAUGAUGAUAUAAUAACAUUUUCAAGAUAAAUUAAAGGGUUGGUUUUGGCUUUC